AUGGCCAACGACAUUGCUAACAGGCUCGUUGUAGCCAUUCUCAGCUUAAUGGCUUGCUGGAUAGCAAUAUGGUACUUGGUAUAUCUAGUGACAGGUUUUCAUUUAAGGUAUAUAGGUAUCAACAAUGGAGUCUAUUUCAGCAGAAUUACAUUUCAGACGCGGCGGUUCAAUGUGUAUCUCGGGUGCCUAAGAAUCAGACUCUGGGGAAACUCACGAAUGAUUAUCUUGGAUGAUUUGACUGUAAAUUUAAAGCGUACAGCUGGUGGAUCAUCAAAGUCCUCAAAGAGUAAUACUAAUGAGGUGCUUACUUUCUUUCCUUCUAAUUGGCUUGGGAAGAAACUAAUGAGAUUUGUUUUGAAACGAAUUCCCUCAAUUAGUUUGGAAUUGCGACAUAUGGAGUUUCUACCGUCGCCAAAACAUACUGUGAUACUAGAGUAUGUAAAGUUCAACCUCAAUACGAGGCUCAGUAGACGUUAUUCAGAGAGGCUAAAGUUCUAUACGAAUCUUUCAACUAGUAGGUUGAUACAUUCAGUCCUCAGACUAGAGAAAUCAACCGAACUCACAAAUUGGUCCACAAUUAAACUUCAGUUCAACUUCCUGGUAGCUUUGGAAAAUGGAGAGAUGAAAAGUAUUCGGCAAAAGCUUUCUGUUGACGAUGUUAACUUACUGGUUUUCAAUUUAGUGAAUCUCAUGUUGCAGGAGCAUCUGGAGUCAUGCGCAGGUGCUUGUAAGCUGAAUACUGAUCCACCGACGGAAAGCUCAUUCAGUAAGUCAAAAAGACUUUAUAAAGCAGUCCAUUCUAUCAUGUCGGAAUCGGCUUUGCAGAUAGAAAAUUUGACUUUGCUGCAGAUUCCUUUCGCUACAUUGGAUGAUAAUCAAAAUUUUGCUGAUUAUUUUCAGUCCUUUAUGCCUAGGUCAUCCUUGGAAAUCAAUGUAAAAUCAAUAUUAUUUAAUUUUGCAAAAUUAUAUGAUGAUUCUGCGGGUUUUGAGAUAUUAUUCGAUCCCCAGUACGAUGAGCCUUUUCAUCUUUCUGGCUCCGUACAAUUGUUAGCCCUCAGCUCUUCAGUGCUCUCUGAGGAUACAGAUUUCUCAACAAAGGAUACAGAUGAACUUUUGAACAUUCCAAAUGUUUCAUUCACCUGUAAAACCAACAUUCUUGACCGUUUAGCAAAAGGUGACGGCUUUAAAGACUGUGCUAUGGAAUUUUUUUCAUCAGCAAGUAGCCCUAUUCUCGAUCUUGAUGUGAAUCAAUUGAGCGAAGUGUUUUAUAACGUGGUAUUACUUAAGAAAUAUUUAACACUUGAGAAAAUUAGAAGCACAGAACACGAUCAUGAAUUGGUAGGCCAAUCUUCAAGCUACGACCUGACAGAUGGUGAUGAUACAAAAGUAGAUACUGGAGAUGAAGAAAGUAUAGAAUUAAAAAAUAAGAAAUUGAAUCUUGAUGAUGGUCGGGAAUCGCUCAAGAGAAAAUUCAUAAGUUUGCUCAAUGAAUAUUUUCCGAGCUUAGAUAUGAAAGUAAUUAUAGAACAGCCUCGAUUUAUUGUGCGUUUUAACAAUGAAAAAGAGUCAAAAAAUCAUUUAUUGAAUUUCUCUUAUUCGUUGUUGAAUUUUCAUUUCCUCACUACAGAUGAAAGAGAAUACAGCGGGAAAUGUGAUAUCUUAAACCCUUCCAUAAUUUAUCAAGAAAAAGAAAGUAAUGAGUCGUUUUCUAGAGGGCGAGAGAAGCUUCGAAAAGAAGUUUUCAAGAUAAAGACGCUUCUGAUAAAUCUACAUGUGUUUAACGACCUCUCUGUAAGGCCCGUUUUAGAUGUUAACGACGUGAUGAUUAAUUUGAUUCAUUUAAAUACCUUGGCAGGAAUUAGUAGCGUUAUAAAUGCUUUUUCGGAGAAAGCAGAGGAAUGCUUACUGAUCGGGGUAUUAAAUCAAUCAUUUAAUAAAGAAUUACUGAAGUUCAAAAAUUCUAGGUCUCGAAUAAAUUCAACUUAUAAGGCUCCCUUAACAGAAGUCAUAUUUAGGCUGCUUCCAGGAUGGCUACUUGAAUUCACAGUGAAAUUUUCGGUGGUUGAAAUUUUUGUUGGAUCCCGUUCCAUUUUGAUACCGAGCGAACUAGUCUCUAACUCUAGCAAAAGUGACUUAUCCACUGAUAUUAAUUCAGAUAAUGGAAAUUUGAGAAAGAUCAAAUUAUCAAUGCAAGAAUUCAUUUUACACACUCAACAAUCGAAUGAGAAAUCUUCUCUUUCUUCUCCGACAAGCAGUGCGUCGCUGCACACUUUAAUUUCAUCCGAAGAUAAUUCAUCAAUAUUCUGGUCGGUUGAUUUUACUAUAUCAAAGUUUAUCAUAAGCUCAGACUUGAGCUUAGCUGAAGGUUCUGAGAAGGUUCUCUUUGCUUUGCCUUCUAUUGUCCUCGAUGUGUCGGCUGUAGAAACAAACUUCAAGAAUAAUUUGAAAAUUGGUGGCAAUGUUCACGAUAUCAAUGGACAAUAUGAUCGUUAUAAACUUUUUGCAAUUAUUGGAUGUGUUCAUUUGAUGAGGCUGUUUAUUUUUAUUCCAUUCAAAGCUAUUAAAGACAAGUUGGAUCGAGAUUUAAGCGUAAUGAAAUUUUCUAUGAAACGAAACCAAAAAACAUCAUUCUGUUUGAAAGAGCAACUUUUAGUGAAUGUGUCUUUUAACAAAAUUGAUUUAGCUCUUCAACUAGCUGACGAUUUUAAGAUGAGGUGUCAAUCAUUUUCUGGCAGCUAUAAUUAUAGUCAAGGAAGAAGUGUCAUUGCUAUAGAUUUCACAAGAAUGUUGGUUAACUCGCCUUCAACCAAAAGUCACUGGAAUAGGAUUUUGUGUGUUGAUGAUUUGAAUAUAAAGCUCAACGAUCCUCAUCAAGAAUCGAAGGUCACAGUGUUAUCUACUUCCAUUAGGUUCAUUCAGCCUCAUAAAUUUGUGGUAUACAAGCUUUUCGAUAACAUUUCGAUAAAUAUCAAGAUUGUAAAGUUUUUGAUCUCUUUCUUGAAAGAUCAUGAUACUAAUCGAAAAAGAAAAAUUUAUCCUAAGGAGUCUAGGACCUUGCAAUUACCUAAGAUGAAGCUUUUGUCAAAGAAACUAUCAUUCUGGAUGGAGGAUGAUCCUUUUGAAAGUGAGUUGAAUAUGAUUUAUCAGUUGGGUAUACUUGAACAACGAAAAAGAAUAGAGUUAGUGGAUAUUUUUAAAGCUAAAGCAAAAUCUAAAUCUGAUGAAAAUCUAGAUAACGAGCAUUAUAUUUUAAAUGAAACUAUAUCUAAUUCUUGGAUACGAAAGGUGAAAGUUUACAAGGGUUCAUUGAGGGAUGAGUUAGUAGAGCAGCAAAGCUUCUUGUUCGGAAAUGAAACUAAAGUACCUAAACGCUUGAACUCGGGUGUUCUUUCAUAUAUGAGUCAGCCACCAUUGUUUUCGGUUUUAAUGAACAAUGUCAAUUUAGAUGUAUCAUGCCCUGAAUUCCCUUUACAAGAGUUACCAAACUUUUUGAAUAGGAUGGGCCAGGGUGUGCCUGUUGAUACGCGGUAUUCUUUGAUGAUACCAACUUUUGUUAGCCUUAAAUUGAACGAACUAAGAAUUCAUUUACGUGAUUAUCCUUUGCCUUUAUUACAUAUUCCAAGAAGUACGUAUGAGAAUGAGCAGAACUUUUUAAUGAAGGGCCAUUUAGUGAUUUCAGAGGCAUUAAUUCGCAAAGUUGAACAUAUGAGAAAAUUGAAAUUUAAUUUAGUCCCUGAUGUAUCUGAAAAUGACGAAUAUCAUUCUCUUGUAAUAGAGAAAUCACUAUCAACAGUAAAAAUGUAUAUUGAUUUAUACAGUAACUUUAUAUCUGAUAGAGCAACUAGGUUUGUUUGGGGUCAGUCUUAUCAAUUUGGAAUUCAACAAGCAAUGUUGAACUUCGAUCAAUUUUCAAAGCCUCCUGUCGAUCCUUCUUUAAAGCUAGGCUUUUGGGACAAGAUGCGGCUAAUAUUGCAUGGUAAAAUUACAGUUGAAACGGAAUCUAGUUUAGAAAUUGCUUUUAAAGGUUCACGGGAUCCUUAUGACUUAUUUGAGACGGCAUCUGGAUUUAUUCUCUCAUUUUCUGACCGAGUCGUAUGGAACAUCAAUCAAAAUGACGACUCCAAAGAUUUCUUCGAUAUUCAAUCAGAAAAGGUUUCAUGGUAUAUUCCAAAUUAUUUAUCAACAGGGCUAAUAAGCUGGUCGCGGGAUAGCAGUCAGUUUAACUACCUCCCAGCUAGCGACAACUUGAUUUCUUCAUGCUUUGCUUAUUACUUGAACGAUUAUCUGACUAAUCCAAGCGAUCUUAAAGCAUCCUCUACCGAGAUCUUUGAAAAAAAGGUAUUAAAAUUGAACGGAGGAGUACAUUUUAAGGUAGGUUUCUUACUACAGAGAAAGAAAGAUGACGGAUCCAAGACUGAAGACAAAUUACCACAUUGGCGGGUGAACUUAUAUAAUCCCGCGUACACGAAGGAAGGACAUGACUCAUAUAAAGGGUUCAGAACUGAUUAUAUCCAUAUGGCUUUUUCUUUGUUCGCAAAUACUGAGAAUAGUUACAAUUCAUUGCAUUUGAGUCCUGGUACCUUCAAACAAUUUUUCAGCUGGUGGAAGCUAUUUAGCGGAAAUAUGUCGCUUCCUAUUAGAAGGGGUUGUCUUUUUGGUGAGCAGAAGAAAUCUAUGAAAUUUUCUGAACAUUUAUCCACUAAUAAGUUUCAAUUUAAGUUUAAAUCUUUAUUCUUGACCCACAUAUAUCGCGACGAUGCUUUCAACGGAGAAGAAGAAAGAAUAGAUUUUAUUGGUUUGAAAGGUAAAAUGGACGAUUUCAUCGUUGACCUCCAUCAAAGAAAAGAAAAAAGGAUUGCAAUGCAUGAAGGGUUUUCAAAAAAAGAUAUCUUAAAGAUGAAUUUUAAUUUAGGAGAGGUCCAUCUUUCAGGCAUUGAUUUGAGAUGCAUGCAUGCUAUAUUUUUUGAAAAGUUCAACGAAAAUAAAUCAAGAAAGCUGGAACUGGAUUCUGGGCUUGAUAAAAAUAGUACUUGGUUUGACAUGGAUGAUUUUGAUGAAGCAUAUGUGGGGUCACUCACGUAUGUCAAACGCAAAGUCAUUAUACAUCCGCUCCUUUACUCUAAGAGGUUUUCUUAUUUUAGGGAUACUGAGCAUGAUCGAGAUUCUUCUGAUAAAUCGGAGGAGUUUGGAAAUGAACAAGUUCAUGACUGUUUAUUGGAUCCUGACAAUAUAUUUCGAUCUCAAAUAGACUUGUAUCAAGAUAGAAUCAACUUGCUUCGAAAAGAACUGGAAGAUUCGAAGCAAAACACUGAUUAUUCUUUGCAAGAACGUAUUCAAUCAUUGGAGUCGGACGUAAAUAAAGCUAAACAUGAAAUGAAAACGGAAAAUAGAAAAAACUCAAUAAUUUCUGCUUCAUCAACAGAAAGUUUUCACAAUAAAUUUACUUUGAUUAGUAUGCUUUUAAAAUGGAACGUGAACAGCAGAAAUACAGUUCUCAAAUACAUUCACUUCGUUCAACUUAAAAGCAGCCUUGCUAAAUAUUUAUCUUUCGAAUCAAUUAGGACUCUCGAGAGUAUCAUUGAUCAGAGUGAACAAUUCCUCGAUGAAGACGCUAGUUCCAAUAUUAGAUCUAGUAUUCUGCAGUUAAAACUGGAAAAGACAUUGUGUAUGCAUGAUGUAAGUUGCGAAGAUCGACUCAAUGAUUUCGACAGCAUUUUAAGGAAAGUUCUGGGUGAAGAGACGAUAGCAGAAGAUUAUUUAAUUGACGUCAUAUCACCACAGAUCCAGCUACAAAGUGAAGAUAUACCGGACUCGGUAGUAUUGAUAGCUGCUCCUACUAUUAAUGCCAAAAUUGUUUCCGUAUACAAUCACUCUACUGACAAACUCCUUGUUGAUGCUAAUGAGCUUGAAACGAGAUAUGGAGUCUUCCUUCAUGAUGCGAACAUUUUUGUUUUAAAUAGAAACAGUGCGGAAAAUUUCUCAAGCCUAAUAUUAAGUGAGAAACCAUAUGGGUCUGCUACUAAUUGGCCACCUUGGUUGGGACUUGAAGUUUGCAAAAAUGGAAACUUCGCUGGUAAAGAGAACUUGUUGGUAGAAAACAUGUCCAUGAUGAUAACAUACGAGGAAUUGAAACCUUUAGGAAAUAAGCUAUCUAAAUCCAAUGAAAGCAAGAGCAAUGAAGAAGAACAGGCUCAAGAUGACAAAUAUGGUUCCUUGAGUACGCCUAACAAAUUGCAUAUUGAUGUACCAAAAUUUGUCAUUACAUCUACUGCAAGACAGUAUUUCACUCUAUAUAUUAUUGUUUUGAGCUUAUUAUUUUACAGUGAGCCUAUGAGUAAAACUCUAGGAGAAAAGCUUCAAAGGUUGAAAUUCUCUAUAGGGUUUCAGGAUUUGAAGUCAUUGAAAGAUCGAAUAUCUAAAAUGCAUGAAUAUUAUAGAGUCAUGACUCUCAUUUCCCAGAGUUAUACAUUCAGACAGAAUCACUUAAAUAAUGAUAGUUUGAAUGAUGCAUCAAUGCUCGCUAUAGAACGUGGUAACGCCGUAACUGAAAUUUACUUGUUGAUGAGCUCCAUUCUCAGUGGAGAAAUAAACACGCUGGAGACAGGCUCUCAAAAUAAGGCUCACUGGUUUAUUCGGACGGACCAGCUCAUCUUGCAUUUGCUUGAAGAUAAUAGAAAACCUAUCAUAGACCUUGCUUUGGCUAAAGGGACAUAUAAGCGCCUCAUUAAAGAGGAUGGUGCAAACCACAAUCGUAUUGAGAUUUCCGUGAUGCAAGGGUUUAAUUUAAUUCCAAAAGCUCCUUUCCCAUCUCUACUUGAACCUUUGGAAGUUCCUGGUAAGGACCUGAAAUUGGACAACCUCAUUACUGUCGAUUGGUCAAUGAAAAGAUCUAUUGGAGGCAUCAGAAUCAUGGAAGAUUUUGAAAUAAAUUCGCUCCCGAUAAAUGUCAACUUGGAUGAAGUGACGGGCGAUAAGUUAAUGAAGUUUAUAAAUCAAUCAGAUUUAACAAAUUUGAACCCUAAACCACAAGCCAACGAUGAUUCAGAAGAUGAUGAUUUUGAUCAAGAAUCAGAAAUGGAUGGAGAUGGUAUCGUCGAGGGCUUAGAAGGUGCUGAUAAGGGCAAAAAGGUUGAUAGUUCGGCUAAUAGAAGUUUUUCGAGUCCAAGGUUAACCCAGAGGACGGUCAACUCAGUUGGCAAUACAUUUUCCUUCUCCAAUGAAUCAUCCAAUGAUGAGUACCAAGAAGAAUCGGAUGCAAUGCUUGGAAGAUCGAAAAAGUUUUUAAGCAUAGUUUACUUUAAACUUCAUCCAAUAGCACUACUGAUAUCUAUAAAGCUUAAAAGUGGAUACAAGAGGCUUCUUAAUGUCCACAAACUAUUGAUAGACCUUCCAGCGCUUGUUAUACGUGGUCAAGUUCUUUCGAUGUUAGACAUAAUGAAUCUACUAAAAAAGACAGUCAUUAGGACGCUAAUUAGACAUAGUGGACGUCUAAUCAAAAAUAAACUCACUUAUCGAAAGAGAAGAUCUAGAGCAUUAGUGUCUAUCCCUUUACGCCCUCUAAAGAAAUAUGCAGAGUUCACCAAUGUCGCAGAACUAAGAGACUCUAAUCAUUCUAAAAACGAUGACAAAACAUAA